CCGCUAGCUAAACGUAUCAUCAGUAUCUGUAGGUAAAGUUAGCCUGGUUUGUUAAUGUAGUUGUCAGGUGAGCUACUAUAAGACUGUUCACUCUGCUAGCAUCACUUAGCCUGGCUAAACACAGUAAUACAGCUUGUCAUUCGAGAUGCUCACAUUCCGGAUUCUAGAAUUAUUUGUUUUUAAAUUGUAGCUUCUGUGCUAUUAAUUUUUUUUAAAUUAAUUUACGCAUUUUACCUGAGAGGAAAACAGAGAUGAACUUUACCGAGUGCUACCAGGAUACUUGCUCAGCUGUAGCUCUUGCAGUCAGAAGAGGAGACAGCAGACAGCUGCAGAGACUCUUGAAGAAAGGGUACUCAGUGGAUGUGAAAGACAACCGGGGCUGGAAUGCUUUGCAUGAAGCUGCUGCCUCUGGAUCUGCACAGUGUGUGAGACUUCUGCUUGCUGCUGCUGUCAGCUGUGAUGAUUAUGUAAACUCACUGACUCACAACUCUGAAACGCCACUGUAUUUUGCUGCAAAGAACGGCCACCUUCUUGUAGUAAAGCAUCUCAUAAGGGCUGGUGCAGAUCUGAACAAGAUGUCCAACGAUCUUUCGAGCCCACUUUUUGCAGCUGUAGAUGGUGGGCAUAAAGAUGUUGUGAAACUGCUGGUCAGUAAAGGAGCAAAGGUUAAUGAAAUACAUUCUGUUUCAGGCUGGUCUUGUCUUCAUCAGGCUGUUUACAAGGGCCACACAGAGAUUGUGAAAUUCUUGGUAACAGUGUGCUCUCUUGAGGCUGUUGAUGACUAUGGUAUCACACCAUUGUUUGUUGCUGCACAGUACGGACGUCACCAGUGUCUAGAGAUCCUUGCAAAAGCAGGUGCAAAUGUGAAUUGCCAGGCCAAGGACCUGGCCACACCACUACUCAUUGCUGCUCAAGAGGGCCAUUUAUCUUGUGUGGAGCUUCUUCUAGCACAUAAAGCUGACCCAAACCUUUACUGCAAUGCAGACCAAUGGCAGCUUCCCAUCCAUGCUGCAGCCCAGUUCAGUCGCAUCAGUAUUUUAGAGAAAUUGAUUCCCGUGACGGACAGAGAGUGUGACCAGGGAGAGGGUAAGGUCAGUCCAGUGUAUCUCGCAGUGCUCAGUGGCCAAGCGGACAGCCUUCAUCCUCUGCUGAAAGCGGGCUAUAGUCCAGAUGCUCAGAGCUGCAAGCAGUUCGGAUACAGCUGCCCUUUGGAUAUGGCUUUGUGGUAUAACUCCUGGAGUUUGAAUGGUGAUUUCCACCAAAGUCGAGAGAUCACUCAGAUGCUGCUGGCUAAAGGUGCUCGUGUCAGUCUGUCCUCAUACACGUUGGCAUUACAGAGCCACGUACGUGAGCACCUGCCACUGAUUUUGCAACAUGCUGGUCUGCCUAAAGGCCUGGAGUUGGAGGGGCUGGUGCAGGCAGCACUGGAUAAAGUGACUAGUGCUUUAUUUUGGCUCCCACUGCUGCUGAAAGCAGGUCUAGACCCCUUGCUACUCAUUCAGGAGAAAAUGCUAGAAGAGGCUGAGACCAAGGCACUACAUUUCUUGCUGGAGUUUAUUAAUUGGAAGACUUUGCCAUCUACACUGCUUCAAAUUCUUUCUCGUCGACAAGCAGAGGGAACUUGGACUCCACAGAAGCACUUUGAAAAUGUUCCAGCUCUGACUCAUCUGUGUAGACUAGCAGUAAGAGCUGCAGUGGGCAGCAAAGCUCUGUCUAAACCCUCCUUUGUUCGGAGGCUGCCUGUUCCAGCACUCCUACAGGAUUACCUCCAGUUUAGUGACGUCUUUAGUGCCUACGCCUUCUCUGCUGCUGACAGUCAGGACCAAUAAAGUAAUAAAAAAAACUGUAUUUUUUGUAUAUAUGUUAAUACAUCAAUGCAUUUCUACUGAAAAUAAACAUCUUGUUCUUUAAACGUU